UUUCCAUUUUCCGCCAGGAAGAAACAUGGCUGCCUACUGUUCACCGACGGUACUUUUAUUUACGUUUCGUUUGCUAUCUGUUUUAAGACAGACAGAGGGGAAAAGAGCCAGUGUCAGAAGCUACAUUGUGUAACAAUUCACUCGUUAGAGUUUCGGUAAGAAGACGCCAUUUUUCCAGUCUUAGUGACUGAGCGUUACCGUUACCGACAGCCUGAUUUCUUUUUCAUUUUUGCUGAGCUGUCAAGCUGCUCAUCGGUGUCGGACGCGUUAGGACUGCAAUUGAUUUGCCUUUGUUAUCGUGCUAAGCUAGCUAAACAACAUAACCGCGAGCCCAACGCAUAUAUGCCACAUCCGGUAAUUGUCGCUAUGUUUAGCCCCGUGAAGUCUUCUUAUUUCAGAGUCAGCCCGGCCAGUGUCAACAGAGAACUCGGCAAAACCAAGAUGAGAUAGCAAGAGUGCAUAUCAGAUUGCUAGCACAUGAUUAACUACUAGGAAGAGCCCCAGCAAAACUCAGAGAAAACGGAUUAAAUCACUCAAACAGCAUGUUUGGGAAUCUUUUCGAGGAAGAGGAGGAGGAAGGCCUCUCUUCGACUUCCUUUAGGGGGAGAGUUGCAAAGGGGGGAGACGAGCCACCUCCACCUCGAGGAAAAAGCAAUCUGUGCGGCAUCAAGAACCAGGGGGGGACCUGCUACCUCAACUCUCUGCUCCAGACCUUGCUGUUCACCCCAGAGUUCAGAGAGGAGCUGUUCAGUUUAGGGCCAAGUGAAUUAGGAUGCCUAGAAGACAAAGAGAAACCAGGGGCCAAAGUCAGAGUGAUCCCACUGGAGCUACAGAGACUGUUUGCCAGUCUGCUGCUGGUGGACCAGCAGAGCGCCUCUACCGCUGACCUCACCAACAGCUUUGGCUGGAACAGCAGCGAGGGAACAAAUCAGCAUGAUGUGCAGGAGCUGAACAGGAUUCUGUUCAGUGCAUUGGAGCACUCUCUUGUGGGCACCACUGGCAGUACAUUUAUCCACCAGCUGUAUCAUGGGACCAUUGUCAACAGCAUCGUCUGCAAGGAGUGUGGUAACGUCAGCCAGAGACAGGAGGACUUCCUGGACCUGACGGUAUGUGUCUGUGGCGUGUCUAGCCUGGAGGAGGCGUUGUGGAAAAUGUUUGUGGAGGAAGAGUUGUUUGAGGGCAAUAACCUGUACCGCUGUGCACAGUGUGACAGGCUGGUCACUGCUGCCAAGUCUGCCAAGCUGAAGAAGCUUCCUCCAUUCAUGACCAUGUCUUUGCUGAGAUUCAGCUUUGACUUUGCCAAAUGUGAGCGAUACAAGGAGACGGGACGCUACUGUUUUCCCUUAACCAUCAACUUACGGCCAUUUUGUGAAGAGGCCGAUGGAGACGACUCUGAUUACUCCUACGAGCUGUUCUCUGUGAUCAUCCAUAAGGGUGGCUGCUAUGGUGGCCAUUACCAUGUUUAUAUCAGGGACAUUGACCAGCUUGGCCAUUGGGAGCCACCGGAGGAGGAAUGCAAACCCAAGACUCAGAAGAAAGUCAAGGAGGAGGUCAAGCAAAUAUGUGAGCCAAAACUACAAGAAGAUGACCCUUUGUCUGUCAUCACUGCGAUUAUUGCCCAGGAGCCAUCAAAGAGUGUCCUGUUGGACCAGCUGGGACAGAAACUCAUGGAUAAGAUUGGUUCAUCCUGGAGCAAAAAGUUCAGAAAACACUAUGGACCCAUAGGAAAGUUCCUGCAGUCCCACAGUGAUGUUUUCAUGUUAGUAUCCAAUGGUACUCGAGUGGCAGUGAAGGCAAACCUGCCAAGCCCUGUGAAUGACCCCGUCGGCUCAGCAGAGCAGGCCACUAAUUCUGAUCCUUCAACACCUUCAGACCCCGGAGCUGCUGACACACAGCCAGGACUAGACCAGAAGCCGGAGCCUGAACAAAAGCAGGGUAGCCACUGGUUUGAUUUUAACGACUCCACAGUGACCUCCAUCAGGGAGUCUGACAUAGAGAAGCAGUUCCAGGGCAAAGAGAGCGCUUACAUGCUGUUCUACAGAAAAACACAGCUGCACAGACCUAGUGAAGCUCUGAACAAUCCCAAAUAUAAAGUUCCUCUUAACCUCAUCCAGAUGGCUCAGGAGGAGAAUGUCAAAGUGCAGAAAAUGCGCGAGGAGUUUGAAGCCACUAAUAACACAGUCGAGCUGCGUCUACACCUGGCACCCUCUUUUAGGCUAGAAAAUGGAGCCCUGCAACCAAUCAGCAAAGAGCAGAACGGAAGCACCACUCUGAGUUUUGACCGUAGAAAGACUGUGGGAGAUCUUCGAUUAGCUAUUUACCAGAUGCAAGAACUCUGGGAAGGUGAUAUGGCUCUGACUGUAGCCAGGAGUCUUCCUGCAGGUCUACACCUCUACAAUACGGUUACAGAUGACAGCAUCUCCCUGUACAGUGCAGGCAUUUGUACAAACUCUGAACUGUUUGUGUGGAAUGGCAGAGAGGUGCGUGGUGCGACUGUCCUAACUGGAGCAGAGUGGGAGCCAGUCCUGCUGAAUGUAGUACGUCCCUUUUUGGGGGAAGAUGUGGAUCAGGAGGAGGAGGAGGAGGAUGGGGUGAAGUGUGAGGAGGCAAGAGGAGGUUUUGAAAAUGGGGGGCCAGGGCUUAAAAGGGAGGCCCGAGGGUUUGCAGGUGCUGCGACUCUUGGGGAGGUGAGGGAGGCACUGGGGGAGCCUGAGGAGAGUCUGCUGUGCCAGGAGCAUAAGGGAGGAAAGAGAGGAGAGCAGGGGGUAGGGGAGGGAGGAGGAGCAAGUGGAUGGAGGGUGUUCCCCCCCGAUGACAUGCAACGGACGCUCAAGGAGCUGUCGCUGAAAGACGGAGACGCGCUGUUGGUGCUGGAGCCACAGUCCUUCGACAGCAGCGUGUUCACUCUAAACGGAGACGUUGUCACUGUGACUACACCGUCUGACUGCCGCUGGCUCCAGGUGGAGUUUUCACCACGCGGAGGAGGAGUAGAAGGGGAUAAAGAAGAGGAGAGGAGGAAGAUCAAGGUUCCAGCUACAGGAAAUAUGCUGCUGUGUGAGGUGAAACAGAGGGCCAUAGAUGAGCUGCAAUUACAGGAGCAACCCCCAGGCAAGAUGUUCAGGGUUGACACCAAAGUAUCAGAAUUUUACCAGCGUGCACAGUACUGUCUGAGACAGGUGGACUGCAUAGGGAAACUCCUUCCUCCAGUGUGUGAGGAGUUGAGUGUUCGCGAUGCAGGGGUGCGACUCAUGACCACACUGAAUCUCUGUCCGGGAAAUGCCCCCAAGGCAUCACAGCUUUUCUUGCACUUCUCUGUGGGCACAGAGCCCUCUGCUGGCAUGGAGAUGGACAUCAUUGUGGAGAAAACAUGUACUGUCAAAGAGUGUCUAAAGGAAAUGCUGGAUGCUGUUGGACUCGAUGGCACCUGUUGGCACCUAAGGAGGCUUGAUUGGUGUGAGGAGGUUGGAGAGCCAAUUAUGGAUGAGGAUGCUUCUCUGUCAGAGCUGAAGAUAAACAAUGGAGAGACAUUAGUUGUCACAGAAGGACAACUUCCUCCGAAGGGUUUUCUCAAGUUAUCUGUGUGGCUGUAUCUGGAUCCCAGAAAAAACUCGGCACUUUCCAUGGAUUUUAAUCACACUGACAACGGCCUCGCUGACGAGCAAAUGCUGGAGGUUGUGACUGCAGGCGAAACGCACGGUCACUCCCCUCCUCUGGGUGCCAGCAACAUAGCAGAGCUGAGAAAUGCAGGACAGGUGGAGAUAUCAGAUGAAGCCACGCUGGAGGAUCUCAAGAUUCAGGUGUUGACGCUGCCUGCCCUUCAGGAUGUGUGUGUACCGACCACUGCGUUCAUGCGUGUGUGGCAGCUUGAGGGCCGGAGGCUGGCACGUAUCCUCAGAGGACAGCAGCUCACUCUCAAAAAAUUAAAGCUGACCAGUGGCACAGACCUUUGUGUGCAACAGCUACUAAAAGAAGAAGAUCUUGGUUCUAAAGAUGUGAUGCUGAAUGUUAAAAUGGGAGUACCAGGGGAGAGGUGUUACUACCCUCCAGAGGAGCUGGUUUGGGAUGCAACCCGUGACUCUUCUCCUCGCUCUCUACGCACUUGUCUGGCUGCACACUAUGGCCUCUCCCCUGACUCUCUGCUGUUGGCCAAACACCAGCCAGACAAACACAGCUGGGAGGAAAUCUCAAGCUGGAGCCAGCAGGUUUCCAAAAAGAAAAAGAAAAGAAAGGCAGAAUCCCUACUGGGAGCACCAUUUCACCUCAAAGAUGGCGACACAAUCGGCAUCAAGAAUCUUUUGAUUGACAACAACAGAGACUUCCUCACCCUGGAGGAUGAACGGGGCCAGCAGAGGCUCAGAGAGCAGGCAGAGCAGCGGAGGAAAGGAGGGGAGGCUGCAGGCUCUGAUGGUGUUGGACCACAGAAAAAGACUGGACCGACCAAAUCCAGGAAACCAGAGGUAGCUCUGUCAAUCAACGUUGGGGUAUUCAGAUAGCAUCCUGCUCCCAUGGGUGCGUGGACAAAUCAGAACUACCUUAAAACCACAUAGCACACAUACACAGAUGCCAUGAUGCGAUUAGGACAAUCCACUUGACGUCAGUCUUGUGCCAUUUAUUUCCUCAUCUUUCAAAACUGCCUAAAAGCGGACUCUUUUGUUGACAGAAAGAGAAGGAAGUUCAUGUUGGCAAUUUGAUUUGCUGUUUUGUAACAACUGACUGUAUUUGCGUUAUAUCUUUUUAACAUGUUUGUCUUGCUUCCUCUGUACAAUGUUUUUAAAUUACAACCACCGCAUGCCCUUUGUUUCAUCAUUAUGCAUAAUGCUUGUUUUUUUUCUUUUUCUGAGGCUUGUUUGAAGACAGUGUGACCUGCCUGGAUCAGUAGCUAAUUUGUAACCUUAUACUGAAAGUAUGAACCCAGAAAAAACUGUUUCUACUUAAAUUUCUUGUUAUUACAGGCUGGCACUUACUGAUGUUUCUAUCUCAUUAUUGUUUUGUAUAAACUAUAGCAAUCAGGGUGAUGAACAUACUUGUGGCCACCAGCCAGUGGCUUUAACAUUUUGACUUUGUUUAAUGUUUAAUAAGUUGUCCUGUACAACAAGCCACUAUAGUAGGAUAUCUAAGGUGUUUUAAGUGAUGCUCAUUUUUAUGAUAAACCUGUCACUGUGCGGCGAGAACAACAAAGUUCAUCUGGUUCGUGGGCUUGUUUUAGGUUGAUAAAGGAGAGGAGAGAUAGGCCUUAAUGUGGAGCAGCCUUGGUGCUGCUCUGCCCUUUCCUACCUCACUCUCUACCUCUCUUACUCUACCUCUGCUGCCCUGCUCUGUUAGUCAACUACAGUUUAAAGUAUUUCAGUAAUGCUAUAAUUUGGCUCUUAGCAUUUUCCACUUAAGGUGUGACAUCACACGUUAACUCUGACGAGCAUUUGCUUCUUUAAAACUACAUAACCACCCCACCACCACCACCCCUUCUUAGAGAAAAUCAAAGCACACUGUCUUCACUUUCCCCAAAAUCUAUCAUCAGUCAAACAUCAUUGUGUUAUGUAACCGUCUAUGAUACCAGAUGAAUUUGCUGCUCACUGCUGCUUCAGAAAUAUACUGUAAAACAUUCAUAUCCUUUCUGCCACCAUUUUUCUUGAUUAUGUAAAAGUAAAGAUCCAUGAGUUGCUCCAUGAGUUUUCAUUGUGGAACAUUUAAUUUUUCAUUUGCAUGCACUAUAUGUGAACUUCAGGGAAGUAUAAAGCGUUCUUAUUGAUAAUUUCUUUGAAAAAGGUUACAAAAUAAUUCUUUUCCUGUAAAUUGUGAUGUUUCUUUUUUGAUUAAGGGGAAAUCUGAAUUUGUUAUAAAAUCAUUUUUAUGCUGCUUGCAUGUUUUGUUUCAUGUAUAAAUCUGGCCUUAAACAGUGCAAAGAAUUUGCAAGCAGUACAUUCUUUUGACAAUAUACUUAGCAAUAGUGAAAUUUCCUUUGAAUUCAUUUACUAGUGUUAUUGAUUACAUCUUUAGUGUUAUUGAUAAGGAAUGCUCUCCUGUAUAUGACAGUGGACAUCUGUUUGUAUCUGUAAAAUUGUUUCUGCAGGAAAUAUUUUAUCAACAAUAAAGGUAUACAGUUGUAACUGUCA